AUGAGGGCAUUCGUGAUUCUGGCGCUCGCCGCGACGGCGAUGGCGCGGCCGGAAGCCGGAUACUCUUACAGCCAGUCUAGCAGUAGCUACGGUACUCCCGGCGGCGGCGGUGGAGGCGGCGGAGGGAUCGGCGCUUUCGAAAGUGGUGGCGGUGGCGGUGGUGGUGGAUUCGGCGGAUUAUCAUUUAGCAAGAGGGCGACUCUUUCCCCGGAGAGUCCCCCACUCCAUCUUGAUAGAAAGGGUGGUACUCAGGCUCCGACGGAACCAGAAAUCCAUACGGGGCAUAAAGAAAGAAAGAAAAAACAAUUCGACAAAUUCGGCGGAGGAGGUAGCCACGGCGGCGGGACUGGCGGUGGUGGUAUCAAAGAGAUCAAAGAGUUCGGCGCAGGUGGCGGAGGUCCGGCGCGGCCGACGCCCAGCUACGGUGAACCAAGACCGAGACCCACGCCGUCGUUCCCCGGACCCAGGCCGACGCCGUCGUACCCCGGACCCAGGCCGACGCCGUCGUUCCCCGGACCCAGGCCGACGCCGUCUUUCCCCGGACCCAGACCGACGCCCACCUACCCCGGACCAGGACCGAGACCCACACCUACUUUCCCGGAGUAUACCGGCCAACCAGUUUCCGGUGGUGAUGGAAAUGUUAUCGGCCCUGGUCAUGAUCAUCAUCAUCACGAACCUGGUAUGCCCUUCGACUUCAACUACGCCGUGAAGGAGGACGCUUUCGGCAACGAUUAUUCUCACAAUGCAAUUAGCGACGGCGAAAUCACCCGCGGUGAAUAUAAGGUACAACUUCCGGACGGUAGAACGCAAAUUGUGCGAUACACCGCGGAUUGGCAACACGGUUUUAGACCACAGAUCUCUUACGACGAGAAUCCUCGCUUCGACUAACCAAGACCGGGUGGAAGCUUCAAUCGAGGCUACUAGCUUUAGCGUGGGGUUCUAGGGUUGUUGUUCAAUUUUCGUUAAAAUCGAAAAGACUACAGAGCACAACGAAUCGUCGCAUAUACCGCAUGUAACAAUAUUUUUUAGAGAUAUUGGAGAUUAUUAAGGAUGUAUCGUGAAAAUAUGUUAGCUUACGCAGAGGACAAAUGUUCGCUAUAUAUUUCUUAUUACGAUACCGAUAAUAGUGUUCAGCGUUUUAGAACUCACGAAAAAUUUACACAUAACGUCAUUUCUCGCGAAACUUUAUUAAUUUUUCUUUAACGAAAAAAGCGAACAGAUAAUUUCUGAUAACUUUUUGAAUUUCGAUAUUAUUCGAUAUUUAAACUCCAUCUAAAAAAAUCAGAAUUCUAUGAAAUUUUACUUUAAUUUAAAGUAGAAUAAUAAUUCUAAUGUUUAUUUGCAAUCUUUAAUCGUGAGACACUUUUACUUUUCAAA